CUCCUCCUCCCGCUCUCUCCCCACGCCUCCCCCUCCCGCGCCGUCUGCCUUGGGCCUAUAAAAGGAGCGGCCGGCGGGGGGCUUCUUUCUCAGUCUGCAGUAGAGCCCAGUGGCUGGAGCCGCCUCGGGAGGGAACUGCGGACGACGACGACGACACAGGCGGAGGCGAACUCCAUUCUGGGCUUCGGGCCUUGAGCGGCCAGCCUGCCCCGCCGUCCCUCGGCGGGCGAGCGAGCGAGCGGCGGCUGCCGCGGCGGCAGCAGCACCCCUGACGGGGGCUCGACUGGGCCGCCGCCGCCCAGAGUCGCUCGCGUUCCCUCGGGGCCGCUCUGCGAGCCCUUUCCGUCCUCACAGCAGCCUCCCCCGUCGACGCCAUGAGCUCAGGGACGCCGUAUAUCGGGAGCAAAAUCAGCCUCAUCUCCAAGGCGCAGAUCCGCUACGAGGGCAUCCUCUACACCAUCGACACCGACAACUCCACCGUUGCGCUCGCCAAGGUGCGCUCCUUUGGAACUGAAGACCGCCCCACAGACCGUCCUGCUCCUCCAAGGGAAGAGGUCUACGAAUAUAUCAUCUUUCGAGGGAGUGACAUUAAAGAUAUUACUGUAUGUGAGCCUCCAAAAGCACAGCAUAAUCUGCCCCAGGAUCCUGCUAUUGUCCAAUCUUCCCUGAGCUCUGCUUCAGCAUCUUCCUUUCAGCCUCAUGUGCCUUACAGUCCCUUCAGAGGUAUGCCGCCCUACAGUCAGCUUGCCGCCAGCUCUUUAAUUGGUCAGCAGUAUGCUGCUUCCCUUGGUUUAGAAAAACUGGUAAGCCCUCCAGCAUCUGCAGCUGCUUCCAGCCCUAGUACUUCUUCAUCUCCUCAGCCAGUUUCAGAGCCUGACUUGUCAUCAGAGCCACAUCUGCUGUCUUCUAAGGGUGCUGCUUUUCCAUCCGUUCAUUCAGUACGGAAAAGUCCUAUGGUAGAACAAGCUGUUCAGACGGGUCCCAUUGACAACAACUUGAAUCCCAAAAAAACUCCUCCAAUCAAACCUACUCCAGUGGUCCAGCGCAAUACACGUCAGAUUCAACAAAAUAACAAGACAAGUGAUACAGUUGAGCCAGUACCUGUACAAACUCAAGGGCAGGUGAAUGAUGAGAAUAGAAGGCCCCAAAGGAGGAGAUCAGGAAACAGGAGAACUCGGAAUCGGUCCAGAGGGCAAAAUCGGCCAACUGCUGUAAAAGAGAAUACAAUAAAGUUUGAAGGGGAUUUUGAUUUUGAAAGUGCCAAUGCACAGUUCAAUCGAGAGGAGCUGGAUAAAGAAUUCAAAAAGAAACUUAACUUUAAAGAUGAUAAGGUUGAGACAGGUGAAGAAAAGGGGGAGCCUGCAGUGACUGCUGAGAACUGUGAUGGCAAUGCAGAUGAAGACCUCCUAGGACCCAACUGCUACUAUGACAAAACGAAGUCCUUCUUCGACAACAUCUCGUCAGAACUGAAGUCCAGUUCAAGGCGUACAACGUGGGCUGAAGAACGGAAGCUCAACACAGAGACCUUUGGCGUAUCUGGCCGAUUUCUCCGUGGCCGUAGUUUUCGUGGGGGAUUUCGUGGUGGAAGAGGGUCUGGAGCUGUCAGGAGAAGUCAGGCUACUCCCCGAGUGGGCACUGGCAGAGUGUGAACAUUGCAGGUUCUCAAGCACAUUGCUAUGGAUACAUGUACAUAGGAAGGAGGGAACAAUCAAAACUGCUGCACUUAAACUUGGGUGAACGGAGCAUUAUAUUCACAAGUGCAAACUCCAGUGGCACUCUUGCGUGUGUCUCAGAGCAGGAUCAGAGCACUGGAGUAACUUGAAAAGAAAUGUGCUGGAAAGCCACCUCUUCAAGGAGUUUUUAGUUUAUAUUUAAAGUAGUGCAAGGACCUUGUGCUGCUUCUAGGUUCCAAAGACUGCUGUAGCUGAACACAUGGAACACUGGUUCUGUUUCCUGAAGGAGAUGACACAAUUCUAAAUUCUUUGAAAUGAACCAAAGGUCAUUUGAAACCAGCAAUCUUUCUUAAUCUGAGAAGCCAAGAUUCUUCUGGUCUCCUUCUGUUCUGCCUUCCUGUUAUGUCUUCUCAAUCCCACCUUUGGUUCAAGCAGAUAGUUUUGAUGUCUAGGGAAGAAGUUCUAGUGCAAAAAGUUGUGUGUGACGUGGUGAUGGGAAUUGUUGCUGAUCAUGUAUCUGUAAUUCUGGGUUCACCAUUUCAGAAGUUUGUUUGUUUUCCUGGGGACCUGUACAGCAGAGUCACUUGGAGUGCUGGUCACCCCUCUGAAGGAACACUAUGCAUCUAAACUGGCCAAUGAUGUGCCAUCUUCCAGCUUCCUAAUGAAAGGAGUCCCUUUUCCAGCACUGCAAUAGAGCUUUCUGUAUAGGGGGAGGACUAAAGAUUAUGGGAUGCUCUUUUCAGUGGUUCUUAAGGGAAACUGGUUUUACUUCUCUCAUGUAAAGGGGAAAGUCUAAGUUUCUGGCUUCAGGUCCUUCUUUUUGUGGAGAAGGAGCAGUGUGUGCUGCUCUCGGAGUUGAAGUAAGAUACUGAAUCCUCAAAAUGGGGAAGGAGAGCCCAAAUGAAGCUUGGGGCACCAGCGUGUUCAGUCCUCCUCUUAAUCCUACCUCCCCAAGCUCUAUAAAUAGUUCAGUCUUCCCCCCCUCCCGUUUUUAAAAUGAUUGGAGGAGAUGAACAAUGGGUGUGCAGUGAUUAUAAUUUUUGCAUGGAAGUGGGUUAAGCCUUUAGUAAUAGGCAUGUGUCCCUUUUGUUAGCUAUAGGAAUGUUUUUGUUGAAAGGCCUCUGUAAGCCUAUGUCAUUUUUCUCCUGCCCAUUUGGUCCUUUCAUGACUAGCAGUUUGGGUUCCUCCCCUAAGUCGACCAUUGAUUUAAGUUGUUGUAAAAGCUUUAGUUUGUUUCGUAGGCCUUCAUCACAAAGGAUUAUACAUGGUGGUGAGGCUGCUUUAUGGAGUCAUGUAAAUUGUAAUUAUAAAUAAACAUGAAAAUGUUUAACCCUCUGAA